CUCAACUGGUUGGACGCAAGAGCCAAGCUGCUACGCGCCCUAAACCAAAACAACAACAACAACACGACUUUCAACUGCUGUGUGAUGCUUCACAUGGUUUAGUAAAAAUUUUGAGAAAGUCCGAAAUAUUUCAAUUUGGCUAGUACUCCCAAAACUGUUGAGACUUGAGACUCUGGAACCUAAAGCCAUCACCUAAAGACUGGAACCACAGCAACCACAGCAUUUGCAGAACACUGUAUGACAAGGACAUCCGCAGGCUGUAUGUUCAGAGCCAUGAAGAUGCACUUCAAGUGUCGUGGUGGCAAGUACCCAGGCUCUGAGGUGGAGCGUGCGGCCGUGCCUGACGACAAGGUGCCCUGGUCGGUUACAUGGCCCGAGUAUGCACCGCCUGUCUACAGCAGCCCAGUUCUGGCCGGAAAACCGUGGGCAGACCCGGAGCUGUCGGAGGCCGGCUUCAGCCCGCGCUGGAACCAGCUGGAGGGAGGCGUGGAUCGGCGCAGUCGCCAGCCGGAGGGGUACUCGCUGGACGCCGCCGGCGCGCCGCUCAACCCGGUAGGCCGGACCGGGCUGCGCGGCCGCGGUCUGCUCGGCCGCUGGGGGCCCAACCACGCGGCCGACCCGCUGGUGACGCGGUGGCGGCGCGGCGCCGACGGCGGCCGCUGGCUGCACCCGGCCAGCGGCCGGCCGCAGCUGCAGCUGGUCACCAUCCAGCGGCGCGACUGCGGACAAUGGGCGCUGCCCGGCGGCAUGGUGGACGCCGGCGAGCGCGUCUCGGCCGCCGUGCAGCGCGAGUUCAGGGAGGAGGCGCUCAACGCGCUGGAGGCGAGCCCCGAGCGGCGGCGCGAGCUCGAGUGCCAGGUGGCGGCCGUGUUCGCCGCCGGUAAGCCCGUCUACCAGGGCUACGUGGACGACCCGCGCAACACCGACAACGCCUGGAUGGAGACGGAGGCGUUCAACUUCCACGACGAGACGGGCGAGGCGGUGGGCGCGUUCCCGCUGCAGGCCGGGGACGACGCUGGCGCUGUGCGCUGGACGGACGUCAGCGCCGAGACCGAGCUCUACGCCAGCCACGCGGCCAUGGUGCGCGGAGUGGCCGAGAUGCACGGCGCACACUGGUGAGGGCGCUACCGGAGCGGCCACAGAGAUCGCCACCGGAGCGGUCAGGGAUGGCACAGUCGCAGAGGGUGAGUGUUCCGUAGGACCAGCCCCGAUGUGACGAGAUGUAAGGUUUCUGCCAGGGACACGCAUGGGUGAUAUAUUCUGCUUCAUGCCUUAAUGCGUGGAUCUGAUGGAAGAGCAUAGGCAGAUGAGUGCAUAGCAGUUUGCAGCUGUUAGUUGUGAUAGGAUUCGGCUUGUUCGGCCGAAAGUGAAUUGGAAGACUUUUUUUCUUGAAUUUUGCAUCACUUGAUACUCGCGAUCUUAAGUGGUACUCAUAAUACUAAUUGUUAAGGAGACUACGAAGGCUUUACUUUUGCAUCAUUUUUAUUCUGUGUUUUUGAAAACCCCGUCUUGUUACCCCUGGGGUUCUGUUCUAAAAGACGUAAUUUUUAUUGAAGCUUAUGGUUCGCUCGGUCUUUUCUUUUCGUCCCAAAGACCAGAAAUAUUACAAGUUGGGCAUGUUUUUGUAUUGUCUGUACACGGCAAUAGGCUCUCAAUAGAACAUAUGGGAUCAAUGCUUUAUACAAUUUGUUGAAUCACCAAUACACGGUGGCUAGCUGUA